GUGCAAUUAUUGGACCUGCAGCUAUGCCUUAAAAGGACUAACUAAUUCUAUCUUCUCUCCUGACUACUCUAAAAUUCAAUUGCCAAUAGCAGAUAGAUAGAUAUUCCAAAUAAGGAAAGAGUCAAAUUGCCAAGAAGGAAAAGAGGCAAAAAACAAAACAAAAAAAAACAAGUUUUCCAUCAUGUUGAUGAAGAUUCUCAACACAAAAUUUUGGUCAGCUUUGAGGCAUUUAGAAAUUCCAAUCUAGCAGCUAACUUGUUCUGUUUCUUUGACACUUUUCGAAAGGUUAUUUAAAGAAUGGUUAUUUAAAGCCAGGGGCUUUCUAAAUCGUCCACGUAAGUAUACUCAAAUAAGAAUGAUAUCAGCUAAAUCGGAGAUAGGGAAAUGAAGUGGGAUAGAUUACGCUACUAGCAUCUUCCAUGACAGCUGUGGGUACUCAGCCUCCUUUGGUUUCUACGUCCAGUUUUAGUAAUCAGGCAGCCGCAUUAAAUUUAGGCAAUGGUUGUUUGAAAAAAAAAAUCAAAAUCAGGCAACUAUAAUGGAUAACUAAGGGGUUAUCAAACUUCAUUAAGUGACGGGGUUAUGCGGGAAAAUUUGAGGCAUACAAUCCAAUCAUCUUGAAGUUGCAGCAGCAGGUAUCGCAUUCAUGUGUCGUUUUCAAGAUGGAUUUAGAGAUGAGAUUAUUAUUGUAAAAUCUUCUUCAGAUUAGACACAUCUUUCCGGCAAGCCUGUUUGAAAAUGACCUUGGAACAACAACAACAACAUCAAAAGAAAAAUCCUUGUUGAAUUCCUUCUGUUCAAGUUGGGUAACUUUGACAAUGUAAUAAAGAAUGGUCCUCUACUUCUACCUUAUACAAACAACAUUGACUUUGAAAGUGUCGUACAAUCAUAAAAUGUUCUAUUAUUAGUUCUUUUUUCUUCAUUAUAUGAUAAUAAUUUUUUUUUUCAAAUACAAAUUUGAUUUUUUGAUAUUUCAGUAUUGGAAAAGCAGAAAACUUCGACCGUAUGUAUAAGAUAUUUUAGACAAGUGGAGGGGCGAAAAUACAAACUGAGCAUUUCCGCAUGUGACCACUUUGUACACGUGGAAAAUCAACCCCGAAUCUGAAACAGCUGUCCUUCUAGCCUCUGUCUUCAAGUAGGAAAACGAAAGUAAAACAGAAUAACUUGUUUUAUCAUAUUCCAGAAAUUAGUGACGAAAAAAAAAGUCCCACUCUUGUUUUGCUUGGCCUCCUCACCCUCUUAUCAGUCUUGUUCGCUCAGUCACUUUCGCUUGCUCUCAUGCAGGUUUCUAUUUUUUCACAGCAACCAAAAGCUAAACCCAGAUUUCUAACUCUCUCUCUUGCUCCCAUAAUUCUUUUAUGUUAGUAGCUGUAAAUGUUUCUGUGGUUUUACUUUGAACCUUCAGCUUUCAGUGAGUCCCAGUUGUCAUCUCUUUCAAGAGUGUGUAAUUUGGUAGUUCAGGCAGCAAUCUUUUUCCUGUGCCACAAAUAUAUUUGUGUGUGUGUGUGUGUUUUCUUCCAACAUUGACACUAAAGUGAAGAGCCAUGCAAAGGGAGAAUAAUACUGCCCUAUCAUCAGCUGCUACUUCUCGGCUUCGGCACCGGAAACAAUCUAAUGAGGUUAGGUUAUUCCAGACCCUAGCAAAGCAAAUGGUGGAAAUUUGCUUGUUGAUGACCAUAACAACUAUGGUGGUGGUUAUCCAAAUAUUUAUGGCAAAAGAGCUGCUCAAUCUACUCAGGAAAGCACAUGAAGAUAGGAGUCUUCCUGGAUUUAGGCUAUUAAAUUGGCACUUCUUCUUCACUGCAAUGUUAUUUGUAUAUGGUCGCCUUCUCAGUCAACCACUCGUCAAUUCUGUAACUUCGGACAAAUUUUUGUAUCAGUUUGUCAGCAGUCAUAUCAAGUAUCAUAUGGCUAUCUGUUACUUUUUUUACAUUGCAGGUUUUAUGUGGUUUAUUCUUACAUUGAAGAAGAAGAUGUACAAGUAUCAGUUUGGCCAGUAUGCAUGGACACAUAUGAUUCUGAUUGUGGUGUUCACACAGUCAUCCUUUACUGUGGCCAAUAUUUUUGAAGGAAUUUUUUGGUUUCUUCUUCCAGCAUCGCUUAUUAUUAUCAAUGACAUUUUUGCUUAUAUCAUUGGUUUCUUCUUUGGAAGAACCCCAUUAAUCAAAUUAUCUCCAAAGAAAACGUGGGAGGGAUUUAUUGGAGCUUCUGUUACGACUAUCAUCUCUGCAUUUGCGCUUGCAAAUGUCUUGGGUCGUUUCCAGUGGCUAACCUGUCCAAGGAAGGAUUUAUCAACUGGUUGGCUUCAAUGUGACCCAGGUCCAUUGUUUAGGCCUGAGUAUUAUACUUUACCUGGAUGGAUUCAUCAAUGGUUUCUUUGGAAAGAGAUCUCCAUUUUGCCAGUUCAGUGGCAUGCUUUAUGCCUUGGUUUGUUUGCAUCAAUUAUAGCACCCUUUGGGGGUUUUUUUGCGAGUGGUUUUAAAAGAGCUUUUAAAAUCAAGGAUUUUGGUGAUAGUAUUCCUGGCCAUGGUGGAAUUACAGAUAGAAUGGAUUGCCAGAUGGUGAUGGCGGUAUUUGCAUAUAUCUAUCAUCAGUCAUUUGUUGUGCGUGAAGGCAUCUCAGUUGAAAUCAUCUUGGACCAGAUCUUGACGAACCUUACUUUUGAGGAGCAGCAAACUCUUCUUAUAAAGCUCGGGCAGAUCUUGCAGGAAAGACUUGGACAUUCCUAAAUAUGUGGCUUAAUUCUGUGCAAGCUACCAAUCAUCCCUUUCUUUCCCCAGCAUGUUUGUGUGGUACAUAACAACAAAAGAGGAAAAGAAAACGGUUUUGUGUAUUAUGGUGUUUUGACGCUGUUUCGAUUCAAAUAUUCUUAGGCAGAGGUAUUCUUUAUGGGCUCACUCUGUAUAUUUUUUUUGUCAAGCCAGUUAAUUAUUAAUUAAUUCACAUGAAAUCUUAACAGAUAUUAUCUGUUCAGUUGCUUCUCAGUUCUCUCAUUAUUUUUUACUUUUUCUGGUUUGAGUAUUGCAAAGAACUAAAAUAAGCAGAAUCAUAGUGAUAACCAUUGUAAUUGAAAAGUGUUAUAACCAUUGCAAGUCUCCAACACAACAAGACUUUAACUG